UCAUCUCUUUAAAAGUUUCCUUGUUUCUUUCUCACUGAACGGUAUAAUCCAUACUAUAUAUACACAUAUAAUACACUCUCAUUCAUAUAUCAACUUCUUUGACUCCAUCUAUAUCUCUUUUCAUUUCUGUUUCAGAAACAUUAUUAUCUAUGAGAAACCCGUUUUCAUAUUUCGGAAUCUGAUUUCUGUUAAACCAGAAUCCUUGAAUCUCGUUCAUUCGUUUCUACAAAGUUGUUACUUUUAUUAUUUAAGAUUAGAUUGGAGAAGUUUUUGGUUUUCUUCUUCUGUGUGGGAUUUUUCUCCUUUUAGCAAAAAAAUGGUGGUGAGGAUGAUGAAAUGGCCGCCAUGGCCACCGGUUGUUUGGUCCAAGAAAUUUGAAGUAGUGGUGUCGUUUCGCCGGAUUGAAGGGCUUGAUUUGGUGAAGUUGGAUGGCGAAGAGAAAAGGGUAUUCGUUGAGGUUCAAUGGAAGGGUCAAAAGGGUACGGCUUUGGGGUCUCUGAGGCGCUCAACGAAGAAGAAUUUGAGUAAAGAAAGCUCUGUUAGUGACAAUGGAGUCGUGGAAUUUGAUGAAGAAUUUCGGUCUGUCUGUAACUUUUCGGGUCCUAAAGAGGGUGCGUUUCAUCCAUGGGAGCUCGCAUUAACUCUCUUCAACGGUGUGAACCAAGGACUGAAAAAUAGGGCCCUUGUUCUUGGAACUUCAUCACUGAACCUUGCAGAUUACGUUUCUAUGAAUGAGGGAAAGGAGUUUGGGCUCAAAAUACCCCUCAAUGCCCCUGGUUGCACCUCUGAGUCUAGUCCCUCAGUGACUCUAUCUCUUGUGCUACUAGAAUUAGGAACUGCUCAAGACCUUUCAGUGUCAGUGCAAGGACCAACAUCACCUCUUCCUACGUCUCCCCGAUCUUUGGAAAAUUUCUCAACAACAAAAGAUGAGUAUUCUGCUUUUAAGGCAGGUCUGCGAAAGGUGAAAACCUUUAAAGAAUAUGUGUCUGUUGGAAGAGCUAAAAAGACGCGUCAUGAGGAAGAUGGGAGUGAUGGCAGGAGCUCUAUUAGAAGCGAAGAUACUGCUAGUGCUAGCCAUUCUCCAUUUGACACAGAUUCUUUUGAUGAUGAUGCUGGGGGAGAGACAGAGGAGAGUGAGGAUUUCGGUGUAAGGCAGUCGGUCAGUUAUGAAACACUGGCUCUUGCAAACUGUGCUCAAGUAUCAUUUUAUUCUAAUACUAAUGUCAGUAGUGAAGAUGAGUGUUUGAUCUACUAUAGUAACCGUAAGCCUGAUAUCUAUCGCUCAUGUAUGGAAAGCUCUAGUACACCAGUCUCUGAGCAGAUAUCACAGGGUAGUUCAAAGCGUAGAAUCCUGCCUUGGAAGAAGAGGAAAAUGAGCCUUACUCCUAAAGCCAAAGGAGAGCCUCUUUUGAAAAAGCAUUAUGGAGAAGAGGGUGGGGAUGAUAUUGAUUUUGAUCGCAGGCAGCUGAGCUCUGAUGAAUCCAGUUUAGGGUGGUAUCAAACAGAAGGUGGUUCUACAACUAGUCGAUCAUCAUUUUCUGAAUUUGGGGAGGAUACUUUUGCUGUGGGCUGUUGGGAGAGCAAGGAAGUAACUAGCCGUGAUGGGCUAAUGAAGCUUCAGGCACAAGUCUUUUUUGCUUCAAUUGAUCAAAGAAGUGAACGUGCUGCAGGAGAGAGUGCGUGCACAGCCCUGGUUGCUGUCAUUGCUGAUUGGUUGCAGUCCAACCAAGAUGAAAUGCCCAUUAAGUCUGAUUUCAAUAGCUUGAUUAGAGAUGGAUCAUCAGAAUGGAGAAAUCUUUGUAAGAACAAGGAAUACAUAGAACGGUUCCCAGACAGACACUUUGAUCUUGAGACAGUCCUGCAAGCUAAAGUCCGCCCUCUCACGGUUGUUCCAGAGAAAUCUUUUAUUGGUUUCUUCCAUCCUGAAGGACUCAAAGAAGGGGAACUUGACUUCCUUAAUGGUGUUAUGUCCUUUGAUAGCAUGUGGGAUGAGAUUAGUCGCUUGGCAUCAGACUUGCCGUGCAACGGUGAAUCUUCUUCCAUCUAUAUCAUAAGCUGGAAUGACCAUUUCUUUGUCCUGAAGGUAGAGCGUGACGCUUACUACAUAAUUGACACUUUGGGUGAGAGGCUUUUUGAGGGGUGUAAUCAGGCUUAUGUUCUGAAAUUUGAUAAAGACACAAUCAUUGAAAGAUUACCUCAAGAGAAGAAGCAAUUAGAUGAAAAAACUGGCAGAGGUAAAGUUGAAAAGAGACACUCAAAAAACUCAAAGGAAGCUAAAGUUGAAAAGAGUCAGCCGAAGAGCCUGAAUGAGGUGGAGAAUGACAAUAAAGUUGAAGCUGAAGUUGUAUGCAGAGGCAAAGAGUCAUGUAAGGAAUAUAUCAAGAGCUUCUUGGCUGCUAUUCCAAUAAGGGAAUUGCAGGUUGAUCUCCAAAAGGGUCUAAUGGCAUCAACGCCGAUUCAUCACCGGUUACAGAUUGAAUUUCACUACACGGAGUUACAACAUGGCACAGCUGAAUAUUCUGCAAAUGAAGUCACAGCUGAAGCACCAGUAAUAUCAAUGCCAAUGAUUGUUGCAUAGGGUGGACCCUUUCACUCAUUGGUAAAUAACUCUGCAUUAUAAUCCUAAUUCCUAUGUUUCUCUGUUUGUCCGGUUGUCUUGAGGAAAUUGAGUCAAUAUUGAGAAGCAUAUUUUUGAGCAAGUGUAUAGGGCAGCUUUCCCAUUUCUGUUUGUGAGAAUGGGAAGAAGUGUAAGCCUUUCUUUACUUUUUUAGUUUAGGUAUAUAGCGUAGUUUGGUUUUUGUUAAUUGGUUCUCUUUUGAUGUGGUUUUAUAACUUAAACUAAAAGGUUUCUGAUCGUUAAUUUCUGUUAACUCCCA